AUGCCUUCAUUGGAAAGCACCUCCGCGGAGCCUCUCCAAACCAGCCUUCGGAAGUGGUGGAAAGAGAGCUCAGUCUACCAGGUCUACCCCGCUUCCUUCUGCGAUUCCAACGGCGAUGGAAUUGGCGACAUUCAGGGGAUCAUUUCGAAGUUGGACUACAUCAAAAGUCUAGGAUCGGAUAUUGUCUGGCUGAACCCGAUUUUCUCUUCGCCACAGGUGGAUAUGGGCUACGACAUUUCAGACUACUAUGGGAUUCAUCCGCAGUACGGGACAGUGGAGGACGUGAACGAGCUUGCUGCUGCCGUUCACUCCCGGCACAUGAAGCUUGUGUUGGACCUUGUUGUUAACCACACCUCUGACCAGCAUCCAUGGUUUCAGGAAUCACGUUCGUCCGUCACCAACGCCUACCGCGAUUGGUAUAUAUGGAGAAAGCCAGUUUUCAGAGACGGGGAAAAGCACCCGCCCAACAACUGGAGGUCUUAUUUCGGAGGAAGUGCCUGGACGUAUGACGAGAGAACGGAGGAGUACUACCUGCACCUGUUUGCUAGAGAGCAACCGGAUCUUAACUGGGAAAACCCUCAAGUCCCUGCCGCUGUGCAUGAGAUUAUCCGGUACUGGCUGGACCGUGGCGCAGACGGAUUUCGCAUGGACGUCAUUAAUUUUAUCAGUAAGGACCAGCGCUUUCCGGAUGCCCCAAUCGCAGACCCUGAGUCGCCGUGGCAGUCGGGGAAGGAUUUCUAUGCAUGUGGCCCUCGCCUCCAUGGACAUCUGCGAGAUAUUGGAAGGAUCCUCAAGGAAUACGAUGCCUUCUCCGUGGGCGAAAUGCUGGACGUCGAAAAUCCCGCGGAGAUUCUGAAAGCCGUUGGGCAUGACAGGGGAGAGAUCAAUAUGGCCUUCCACUUUGAGAUCGUGAAUAUGGAUCAUGGCCCAACGGACAAAUUUGCGAAUCGGAAAUGGGAUCUGCAAGAGCUGAAGUCGAUCGUGUGCAAAUGGCAGAAUUUCAUGCAUGAUAACCACGGUUGGAAUGCGCUUUACCUCGAGAACCAUGACCAGGGCCGAUCCGUGUCUCGAUUUGCCUCGGAUCGCCCUGAGCAUCGCGAACUCUCAGCAAAGCUGCUGGCUACAUUUCUAGGAUGCCAGAGUGGCACCCUCUUUGUGUACCAGGGACAGGAGCUGGGGAUGCCUAAUGUGCCCCAGGACUGGCCGCUCGACAAUUACCGCGACAUCGAAACGCUCAACCACUGGAAGGAACUGAUCUCCCGCCACCCCGAGGACAUCAGCAUGCACGAGACAGCGCUGGCCGAAUAUCGACUCAAAUCGCGGGACAAUUCACGCACCCCGAUGCAGUGGGAUGACUCUCUCAACGCGGGCUUCUCCGUGGGCGAGCCCUGGAUCCCAGUGCACUGCGAUUAUGCAACUCUAAAUGCAGCGGCGCAGGUCAAGGACCCGGGGAGCGUGUACUGGUACUGGUCAGAGAUGCUCAGGCUGCGCAAAGAAUACUUGGGCACCCUUGUCUACGGAUCCUUCGCACUUGUGGACCCAGAAAACCAAGAUGUGUUUGCUUUUGUGCGGAGCCCCUCUCCCGGCUCGUCUUCCCUUGAGCGGGCGCUGAUCGUCCUCAAUUUUCGCCCGUAUGAGGUCACCUGGGCUUUGCCCCCGAAGGCUAUUUCAAACCCAGGGCGAGUCGUCCUAUCGAAUUACCCCGGGCGAACUGAAACGGGGCUGGAGCCAUCCGGAUCAAUCUCUCUGGGGCCGAUGGAGGCGAUUGUGUGCUUGGCUGAAGGUUGA